UGCAGACGACCGCGCCGUAGCCCGUCGCCGUAGCUGGCGCGGCGCAUACUGUGGCUGUUGAAGUGUGUUUGCGUUGACUGAUCGGAGUUAUUGGAAACUAGGAACGCUUUACCGUACUUUUUCACCCGCGGACGUGUGCAGAAAGCGAUCCUGACUUCAGUUGUGGCGGCCAGAAAGCGCGGCCGUGGUCACGCACCAUGCGUAUGCCGAGCUUGAACCAGCUGGUGCAGAUCUCCGGCUGGACCGGAAUCGGACUCGUCUGCACCACUUUCUGGUUUAAACACUACCUGGGUUACAAGAUGACCGAGCUGGAGUACUACAAGAUCGCCAUGUCGACGCUUCGGGGAAACGCAGCUGCCAUGAAACUCCUCGGCGAGCCGCUCAAGGAGCACCGCAUCGACAUCAGCGACACAACCAGCACCUCGACGCGACCGCACCGAGCUCAGAUGAAAGUUCCAGUCCAGGGCUCCAAGCAGCGUGGUGAGCUGUACCUGUGGGCCGAACGGCACGCGCUCGAUGUGCCGUGGGAGUUGCUGAGGCUUGAACUUAGCUUGGAAGCACACAAGGACAAGCGCCUGCUGGUCUACUACAACCCAAAAUAUGCAAGGGACUAUGUGAAGGACUUCGACGUCGACGUAGUGCCUGCGGUGGCUUCGGACAAGUCCAGUGACCCAUGUGGCUCGUCCUCAAGUUAACCUGUGCUUUGUGUGGUGGUGUGGUUAGGCUUGCACCGAGCGGUCCUUAACUGUGAGCGCGAGCUAUAGACUGCGCUUGCAGCUAAAAUGCUCGCCCAUUUGGACUGAUGUGUCACACAUAGGUAGCAUUUCAUGGUGGGAUCAGUUCAAUGCCAUGUUUGUAUGCAUUACUUCCAGGUUUUGGCCACAAGAAAUCUGAAAUAUGCAUCGUACGUAGUGAUGCCACUCAGAAAAUGAAGAUUUCAUUGCAAUAAAAUGCUGUCUCUCUGGGAAAACUAUGAUGAAAAGUGCUUUUAAUUGUAGUGGCAUUAGACUGCACCACUGUUUUGUUUCAGCAAUAUAGUAGACAUUUAUGAAUGGUUUCACCACAUAUGAUGCAUACCUCGGAUUUAUUGUGGACAAAACAGGCAAUUCGUGCAAACAAAUGUAAUAUUAAACUAAACCUACCAUGAAAUGCUGGCUAUGUGUAACAUAUCAGCCCAAGUGAGCCAAGAGUUGCGAGUAACACUCGGUAUUAUUUAAGUUAUGUUUAAAGAGAGAAAGUAAAGAUUUGCUAGGCCAAAUACAAUAUCUAUACUUCUACUGCGCAAACAAUUUUUCCCUCUGUCCACACACGUUAAAGCCAACAGUGGUGACCAUCAAGGAACUGUUUAACACAACACAGGUGUAUACAGUACUUGGUCGCCAAAUAAACAGGCUGUUUCUUUUUCA